UGAACUUGCAUCACUUGACUGUGUGUUUAAAUGUUAUUCCCGGCCAGAGUCGGCAGAGAGCAGCAAGCGCAUCCCUCUCAGCCUGCCUCAUGUGAUCCUGAUCUGUCACACAGCUGCCUGGACGAGGACUGGAAAACUGGUGCACUUUUCUGGGAUUGUUCCUCAUCUGAAAACAUGUCUCUGUACCGAAAUGCCAUCUGGUUUUUGAAUGGGAUCCAGCAAUAUACAAGGAAGGGAUAUGAGGCAGCAUCUAAAGGGUUUGAGCCCCAGGACCUGGACGUAUCAGUUGUGGGGAGGUCUUUUAUGAUUACCGGAGCCAACAGUGGAAUUGGAAAAGCAACAGCCAUGGCUAUAGCCAAGAAAGGUGGCACAGUCCACAUGGUGUGUAGGAACAAAGAUAAAGCAGAAGAGGCCAAAGAAGACAUUGUCACUAAGUCUGGGAACACGGAGGUAUACAUCCAUAUUGUGGACAUGUCCCAGACACACAACGUCUGGGAGUUUGCAGAGGCCUUCAAGAAGCAGUAUCCAUCACUGAAUGUGUUGAUAAACAAUGCAGGGUGUAUGGUGCACAAGAGAGAGGUGAAUGCUGAGGGGCUGGAGAAGAACUUUGCCACCAACACCAUGGGGGUGUAUAUUCUCACUCAGACUCUUAUACCACUUAUACAGAAGAGCCGGGAUCCAAGAGUGAUCACUGUGUCCUCAGGAGGCAUGCUGGUACAGAAACUCAAAGUUGAUGACUUGCAGUCAGAGAAAUGCUACUUUGAUGGCAUUAUGGUCUACGCACAGAACAAGAGACAGCAGGUGGUGCUGACAGAACAGUGGGCCAAAGCCAAUCCUGUCAUCCACUUUUCUGUAAUGCAUCCGGGCUGGGUAGAUACCCCAGCUGUUUCUACAUCCAUGCCUCAGUUCCACCAGAUGAUGGGGGACAGGCUGCGUACUGUAGAACAAGGAGCUGACACCAUCGUGUGGUUGGCCUUGUCCAGAGUUGCUUCCAGAAAACGCAGCGGGCAGUUCUUUCAAGAUCGGAAGCCUGUUCCCACCCACCUCCCUCUGGCUUGGACUCACAGUUCGGCCGAAGAGUGUCGGAGUUUCAUGACUCAGCUGGAGAAUCUGGCCAAAGCUGUGCAGUCACAACCUGACGCAGAUCCCGUGGGACCUUCUAGACCUCAGUUUGUCUAGUUUGUCUGUUAUUCAAUGUUAUAACCAUAUGACCAGCUACUGGAAAAGGUGCCAUUUAUUCUCAACAGGCCUCCUAUCUAUAACAGCUGCAUAUUUAGGAUACUGCAUUGUUUAGUGUCAUGAAAUAUCGAUUAAAGACCAAAUAACUGAUUUGUGCUGA